CGCUCAUAGCUCAUCAGAUAGUGUGUGUUUAUCAAUGAUUAGGCGGACGUCGCUGAUAACCUGUGAUAAGAAAGUGGCUAUGACAUGAUGGGAUGAGUAGUUGGUCCGCCCUUGUCAUACUUCUGUUUCAGGCAUUGUGGUUACAAGUUCAAGGAUGGUGCUUCUACCACUGCCCAAGAUCUUCUAUAGAUGAGGCAGUCUGUGGUGUAGACGGAAAACGAGGUGCUAAGCUAUUUCAUGGCAGAUGUCUGAUGUGGAGAGAAAACUACUGCGAGACUGCUGAGUACCACGAAAUAGAUAUGAAACAAUGUCUCGACCGCUAUCCUCAUGUUGUGGACGAGUUUUUAGCCAUAAACCGCUGUGUGGCUAAAUAUGAGAGCCUGCGGAAGUUCUGGGGUGUACGACCUUUCAGGCGCUAUUUCCUGCUGUUCAACCUGAUUAACCGCCUGGGGUUCAGACCACUUCCUCCACUGCCACCGUGGCCUGGGGUCUCUCAGCCUCGCAUGGCCAUGCCUCCCGGUUGGAAUCCUCCUGCGUGGUUGAACCCUGCAUUGGUUCCUCGUUACUAAAUAUCAUCCUAGCCGAAGUAAUGUUGUGACAUCUUUUAAAACGAUUUUAUUAGCACAUAUAUGAAUGGCAUAUUAAAUAUUUUGCAAUUUUUUAUAUUCUCUUUUAAUUAACUAUAUUAUUUAUUUAGCAAAUACUGUUCACUCCUGAUCUUUUAUCAGUAUCUUCAGACACGUUUAUAACUUAUAUAACAAACAGCCAACUAAAUAAAGAGUCUGAAAGUCAUCCUAAUAAUUAGGCAUUAUUAUUAUCUGUAUAUUGUACUUGGCUGACGAUGAUUUUUUGUUUUAGCGUCUGACGAUUAAGCUAACUGUAUCUUUCGAUAUCGCAUCAUUUUUGCCCUUUCGAAAGCUGGUAUGGCUAAAGAUAGAUUUCUUUCUAGGGAAAGUUCUUCCAAGGAUUUCACUAAACAUUUUGUUGUGUGCUUAAACUAUGUUAAUAAACUUCUAGAUAAAAGUGCUGUUACGAC